AUGCAAGAAGACGAGAAUAUGAAUCUAGGUGGGAUCAAUCAUGGUGAUUUAGGCAGGACCUAUCGAAUUACACCUAUUCAAUUACCGACAUUAGGUGCAGCAUUUCAAGGUGCAUACUUAUCUAGAUUACCUUUAGCACCUCCUCUAAUACUUCAACUAGAUUGUUGGGAUUCAGAUGGUGAUCUCAUAAUACCAUACGAUGAAUUACCUUUUCUAGUUUGUCAUCUGAGUUUACAAACUCCCGAAGGUGAAGAUGCAGCUAUGAUCUAUUCGCCUGAAGGUGAAAGAGUAUCAAUGUUAUAUGGGACCUUAGUUGCUGCACCGGCAGAAAUGAACGAUACCUCGCAAGCACCUGGGAUAUAUUUCGUUUUCCCUGAUGUCAGUGUGAGGUAUAUAGGUAGAUUCAGAUUACAAGCUUUGUUAAUCCGGAUAACUGGAGGUCCCCCUUUAGAUACGACUACUACAGAUUCAUUCGAAAUUGUUAAAGACACAGAUUACAUCGCACCUGCUAUAACGGACUUGACGAGACAUUUCGAUUCACAAGGAGUCGUCAGAUUCGGCUUACCAAGGUCGCAAUGGCUCUAA